AUGUCCAACGACCCUCCGCCACCCUACCCAGGAGGUCCCUCGGCACCGCUGAUAGAAGAGAAGCAUGGCCCACCCCCUGCAGCAGGUACUGGGGGUCCCAGCAUUGUGGGACAGCCCCAGGGGGUUCCCAUCCCCCCUCCUGCCUUUGGGCCCCCCCCAUACGAGCCGCCGUCACAGCCAGGGUUCGCGCCCCCCCNGUUCACCUGUGCACGUUUCUCAUUCCCAGCAGGUUACUACCCUCCCCCAGGUCCUCACCCCCCCAUGGGCUACUACCCUCCCCCGGGCCACUACCCCUCUCCUGGCGGCCACACAGCGACGGUGCUCGUCCCGUCAGGGGCUGCAACUACAGUGACGGUGCUGCAGGGAGAGAUCUUCCAGGGUGCCCCUGUGCAGACAGUGUGUCCCCACUGCCAGCAAGCCAUCACCACCAAGAUCACCUACGAGAUUGGGCUCAUGAGCUUCCUUCUUGGCUUCUUCUGCUGCUUUGUGGGGUGUGAUCUCUGCUGCUGCCUGAUCCCCUGCCUGUUCGAUGACUUCAAGGAUGUGACACACACGUGUCCCAACUGCAAGGCCUAUAUCUACACGUACAAGCGUAUGUGCUAA